UGUGAGGAGGGUUGGGGAGGGUUGGAGUUUUUCUGCUGUUGUUCUAUUUUUAAACGUAAAAAUAUUCAAUUAUCACCCUCGUUCAAUUUUUAAUUAUCCAGUUUACAGUUUUCUUCUAUAAUUUGUUUGAAUUAAUUUGCCGUCAUGGUUAACGCGAGCUUAGCAUACGAAAUAUUAAUGUAUAUAAAUUCUUUUUAUUUUGGUCUGUUUGCUACUUGUGAGCUCGGGACCCUAGUUCUUAAAUCGGCGGUGAUAACAAGUCUUUAUGAAGUGCAGAAAGAUCCCACGAAAAUUGGCCAAGAUUACGGUGUUUUAUUUGGACUAUUCGUUGUAGAAGCAACUCGUCUUAUAUUGGGACGAAAAGGCAGUUUAAGUGAAAGAGAUGUGCCAGUACUAAUAUCUGUGGUGCUGACAGUACCAUCGAUCCUGGGAGUCCUGUACCUUCUCAUCUGGCAGGUAGUGGUUCUCCGGAUAGAGUACAUCUGGUGCACCCUCAUGCUGACCAUACAGACUCUUGAGCUUGUGUUUGCUUCAAUGUUUGUUGUCACAAUGUGUAAAGGGCCUUCUUAUGCUUGAUCUUUUAUAUAAAAUUGAGCCAUGAAGUUUUAACACUAUUUGCUGUAACACACUGUCACUUCAUUAGAGAUUCAUAAGGUGUGUUUAUACCAAGCAUCUGGCAGUUCACUAAUAGCCUAGGCCAUAUUUUAUGGCUAGAGAGAGUGGAGAUAAUAUGAGCAAUUACUCAUCACAAUGUAGCGUAAAAUAAAGUCACCCUCUGUGUUUGUCUAUUUCUAAGCUUUCUUUUAAACCACACAAUAGAUUUUGAUGCAAUUUUCACAAAUAACUUGAUAAUUUAUUCAUGAAGGUUUAUAGACCAGAUGAAGCCCGGCCAGAUCUCUAGUUUGGUAUAAUAUAACACAUCAUGAUGCUGCACUCAGUGUGUUAAAGCUCUAGGGUUUUAUUCUAAAAUUACAAUGUCUGUCUUUUGUAGCUAUGUAUGAUUUUAGAAUGUCAGUAAAUAGAGUUUGCUGAUACAUAGCUAUGUGGAGAUGUUGUAAGAGAAACGACAAAGACCCAAAAUAUGUACUUAUUGCAAACUAGGAAUAGGUAAAAUGCAAAUAAUGUUCCUUUUUUGGAUUUUUUAUUGUCAUUAUUGUAAUGUCUAUGCUAGAAAUACUCUACCCUCUAUUAUUUUGUAUAAAAAUUUAAACUCAUGACAAAAGAUACAAUUUCACUUUUACAAACAAUAUUAUAGUCUGUCAUAAACAAAUUUUCUAAGUAUUUAUUAAUGUAAAAAAAAAUAUUUAUUUGUAUUGUCUACACAAAGUGUUGUGUAUUAAUAAUGGCACAAGUGCAUUUUAUUGUAAGCAUAUAUUUUUUAAUGCAGUUUUCUGCAAUUUAUUAUAAAAAACCUAUUUUAAAGUAAGUAACUAUUUAUUGCACAAAAUCAAUGAUCCAAAUUUUUGAAUUAGUCAACAUGAAAAAUAUGUAUAUUGUCAUUAAAAAUAGUAUUUGGGAAAUAUUCAUAAAUAAUUACGUUUUCUUUUACAUUAACUUCUUUAUUUAUAAAGUCUUGAGUCCCAUUUUCCAAAUAUCACUGGCUGGGACACAAAGCAACUGGUCGAAUUAACAAAGAAAAAAAGCGUUUAUUUGGUUAUGUAUAAAUAACAAAAUCGGUAUUAUAAAUCACAGUGAUUGAAAGUUUAUUGUUUGUCGAAAACGAUAAAAAAAUGCAUUUAGACAAACGUGCAUUCGAUUAUGACUCCAUAUAGGGUAGGUAGGAUCUUUCAGUUAAUUUAAAUGAUAUUAAACGUUCUGUCGGCCAAACGUUGACGGUCUAGUCUACAGUUCAUUCAGCUCUGUGAAAAAAGUGUUCAUUCAGCCAGUUGCGUUCUGGCAAGUAUUAUUAGAAAAAAAUUACGGGACUCAACUCUAUUAAGAUUAACUAACAUUUAAAAAGUUAGAAAGGGUACUACUAUUUUCAACCAUACUGUUUUAUCAUUUGUUAAUAGUGGAAUCCAACCCGAAUAUGUAACACAAGUGAUAAUGUGGCCUUUAUAUAUAUUAUACAAUCAUGAUCAAAUUGUAUCUUCCAUUGUACUGUAGAAGAUUUAUGUGUAUUGUCCGUCUCCUUAUAUCAGGACCUCUUUAUAGUCUCAUAUACAAAAAUAGCCACAAUGGGCCAAUUGUUGAAAAUUAUAUAAACAAAAUAGGAGGUUCUGGUAUAAUGCAUUAUUUAAGUUAUUUUUGAUGUUCGGAGGAGAGUUGAAGGUGGGAGACCAGAGAGGGACACGAUGAAUCAACAGGUCUCUGUUCAAGUCACGAAGUCACCAGUUUGCCUAGAGAACUGAAAGUUCCUUUAUGUGAUUAUAAGUCACGUAUUUUUGCCUGAAUAUAUUGAUGUGUGUAGCUUAGGAUUGUUGUGUGUGAAAUAAUAUAAUGUAUAAAUCGUAUUAUAAUCCAUAGAUUUACCAAUUCUAUAACAAAAAAUCAAUACUAGUCAUUUUGAAGAAUCUUAAUUUAUCUUUUAUAACAAUGUUCUAGUCAAUAUCAUAAAUCCUUUUACAAAUUAUCGAAAUCGCACUCAUAAUCAGAAUAUUAUAUAUAUAUAUAUAUAUAUAUAUAUUAAUAUUAUACAUAUUACAGUAUUCCUCGCCAUUAUUGUGUCUUCAAUUUAGAUUUUUUUAUUAUAAGUAAUAACAACUUAAUGGAGAAUUAAAAAUAUACGUAUUUGUUUUUGUGGAUCAAUAUAAAUAUUAACAGUUGAAAUUA